GGAAAGGAGGUCCGCAUGGUUAACGUCUGGUCCAGAUACGGGGGCACAGCGAUGCUGUCUCGCGACCCGAGAGAUCUGCAACUCGUCAGCGACAGCGUCGAUUUUCUGAAACGCCAACUCGAAGCCGGCAACGUCAUCUAUGGCGUCAACAUCGGGUUCGGCGGCAGCGCGGACACCAGAACGCAGCACCUUGAGCAGCUCCAGAGCGCAGCCAUUCAGCAUUUGAACGUUGGUAUCCUGCUCAAAGCCGACAAGACGGACGCGGAGGAGGCAGACCGGAGCCAGGACAAUGGCCUGCUGCGGAGCCAUACGCUCCCGACCCCCAUCGUCAGUGCAACUCGCUUAUGCGGGGCAAUUCGGGCGUGCGGAUCAGCGUCAUAGAGUCCGUCAUGAAGCUUCUGGCCCUCGACGUAAUCCCCGUGGUG